GACACUUGUUUAAUUUCAUAUUACAAAUAACUGAUUUACUUUGUUUCACAUGUAACUUUUGUUACUCUUCCUUUUAUCUCUGCCAACAGGUAAUUAUAAAUCUAGUUAGCUCCUACCAAUGGAAGCAAAUAAAUUAUUGACAUAACUUUGAAACGUUUAGAAGAAAGAACGAAAUAAACAAAACGUACGUUCCAUUGUUUGAUACUGGUUCUCAAAAGUUGAAAAGAAGUGGUUGCUAAAUCGUCUAGAAAUAGCAGCUAAAUCUUUCCACUCCUGAAAUACAGUUAAGAGAAUUUAUGGCCGAUGUUGGACCACUACUAGGAUCAUAGGUGAGAUUUACAGUGAUCAAGAGAAUUUCAUAUCUUGAAACAAAAAAAUCCAUGAAUUAAACAAUUACGGAACACAAUUUGUGGUUGGUAACUAGAAAAAAAUAAUACUGAAAGCUAGAGAUCUUGGAAAAUACCAUCCUCUAUGACAGUUAAUUGCUGAUGGGAAGCCCAUCGGAGACAGGGAAGACCACUUUUAUAUUGUGCUCAUAGUGAACCAUUACAACUUGUAGAAGGACACAGAUUCCACCAGAAAGUCUGCUACUAGCCAUGAACUCUAUGUCUAGCCUGUAUAACAUACAUUAACCAUAUCAACAUUUAUUAACCUAGAAAUAGAAGUGUUUUGUCUACAACAAUAUGUGAGUUACUGGGAGAAGACCCAGUUAGUAACAAAUGUUCUAGUGGUGAGUAAACAGUAUCUUUACAUUGUAUAUUUUCACACAUGUACGUGGAGGACUAUGGUAUCCAAGACAUGAAACUGAGCCAUAAUAUAUAGUUGCAGACAUUUCUCAGUUUCUAAGAAUUCUUCAAGAAUUAAUAUGGAGGAAAUUAGUGAGUUGGUCACUUCUAACAUAACUGUAUUUAACAAUGUAGACUCAAUUACACAGACAUUCAGUGGUGAGAAACCUUUAGCAAGUGAAACAUUAGUAAACAGAAAUAUUCCUGAAUAUUGCUGUGAGAUUUGUAAGAAAACGUUCUUUUCAGAACAUGAAUUGUUCACUCACAAAGAAAUACAUAAUAGAGAAAACCCUUGCCAUUGUGAUAUUUGUGGCAAGUCUUUUAUAUCUAACAGUGUUUUAACAAAACACCAAAAGACACACACUGGAGGAAAACCCUAUCACUGUGAAAUCUGUGGGAAACCUUUCAUUAAUAAUUCUGAUCUUGUUAUCCACAUACGUAGUCACACUGGAGAAAAACCAUAUAGUUGCGAUAUAUGUGCGAAAUCAUUUGUUUCUGAUAGUAAUUUAACCAGACACAAAAAAAUACAUGCUGGAGGGAGUUCAUUUCUCUGUGAAGUAUGUGGGAAAUCUUUCAUUGAAAACUCGAAUCUUGUUCUUCACAAACGUGGUCACACUGGAGAAAAAUUGUAUCACUGUGAAAUAUGUGGGAAAUAUUUUAUCAAUAUCAAUGAUUUAAACAGACACAGGAAAAUACACAUAGGCGAAAAACUGUUUGAUUGUGACAUAUGUGGGAAAUCUUUUACUGAUAAUUUGAGUCUUGUUAUCCACAUACGUAGUCACACUGGGGAAAAACUGUUUCACUGUGAAACGUGUGGGAAGUCAUUCUCUGUUAAUUCUAGUCUUGUAGUUCACAAACGGAGACACAGUGGAGAAAAACCAUAUCGCUGUGAGAUAUGUGAAAAAUCUUUUGUUUCAAACAGUGAUUUGAACAGACACAGGAGAAUUCACUCAGGAGAAAAACCAUAUCGUUGUGAAAUAUGCGGAAAAGCUUUCAUUGAGAAUUCUAAACUUUUGAUUCAUAUUCGUAGUCACACAGGGGAAAAACCGUAUGGCUGUGAUAUAUGCGGGAAAGCUUUUGUAGAUAACGGGGAUUUAACAAGACACAGUAAAAUCCACACGGGAGAAAAAUCCUGUUACUGUGAAAUCUGUGGCAAGUCUUUCACUCAGCAUUCAAGUCUUGUUAUCCACAUACGUAGUCAUACUGGAGAGAAACCUUAUUGUUGUGAAUUAUGUGAGAAAUCUUUUGUGUCUCACGGUGAUUUAACAAAACACAAGCGAAUUCACACAGGGGAAAAACCCUAUCAAUGUAAAAUAUGUGAGAAGUCUUUUGCCAAUAAUAGAGAUUUAACAAGACACAAACGGAGACACACUGCAGAAAAACUGUGUCAUAAUCCUCAAAUGUUAUCACAAUGGUAGAAACCUCUACUAUUGUUGAAGACUUUUAUUUUAUGCAUUAUUUUAACAAAGCACAACAGAAUACAUAUUGCAGAGAAGUCUCAUAUGUGUAAAGUGUGAGAAACUCUUUUGUAAAAGUAAUGACCAGAAAAACAAAGGAGUAAGACCUUAUAGAUGUGAAAUUUGGAGAAAAUGAUUUUCAUUCAAAAGUCAUGAUGUUAAACAAAUACAUAUAUAAAAGAAAAUAUUA